AUGAAUGCAGCAGAUAAACGACCUUUUGAAGAUAGAUAUUCGGCAUGCUUCAUUGACUUCGGUGUUAAAACUGUUACAGGACUGUUGAUAGGCAGCAUGAUGGGCAGUUUCUUCUUCCGUGGUUACAAAAAGUGGCCAAUGUUUAUCGGAGGAGGACUUGGAUUCGGCAUGGCCUACAUGAACUGUGAAAAUAGUCUCAACAGCUUCUUGUGGUCUAUGGAUCCGAAAGUUUGUGUUAUAAAGAAGCAGCCGUAA